CCGUACUUUCAUUUGCUCCUCUUUCAGAUUCCAUCGCUUAUCUCUCUUCCCCAGCAGAGCAUCGAAUUCUUCCACCUCUCCCUAGCUACCAUCCGGUCUCUUCUAUCGCCCUUCUACCUCCUCCUUGAUUUCGCCCCUACUCCGCUUUUUAAUCCACCCUUCUAAACACCAGAAGCUCAAGCUCAGGAAAAACCUACAAUGAGCUCUUUGGGAAAUGUACUUUUUCCUUUGGCUGUCCUCACGGCGGCAGGGGGAGCUGCUGUUCAAAUAGCAAUUAAAUUUUUAAUUCUGCACGGUAAAGCAUUUCCGUUGUUGGAAAAGCAUGAGGAAGAUUUCAUUCAAAAGGUUGAUUAUGCUGUCACCAAUGAAGAUAAGAUCAGUCAACUGCCAGAUGAUUUGCUGUCAGGCAUCCUCUUGCAUUUGGACCUGAUGGAAGUUGUUAGGCUGAGAAUUUUAUCAAGAACGUGGAAAAAUGUUUGCAAACUCGGGUGAGCUGCGUUUAGACUGCCUUGACAUGUUUAGAGUGAAUCAGUCCCAUGAUAAGUGUAGUCGUCAGGAUCAGCUUAGGUUCUUGAAAGCUGUAGACAAUUGUUUACAGCUUUGUUCCUGUCAAACCAUUACUUGUUUGGAAAUUUCAUGCUGUUUUCUGAAAAGAUUUACCUCUGAUUUUAUUCGAUGGAUGCAGUCUAUUGCUACAUUAGAUAUUCAAAAACUUCACCUCAGGUUUCUGUGUUCCUCCUCGCCUCUCUGUGAACAUGUCAAGUCUAGCACGAUUGACCUUUUUCCUAUCUCUUUUCAGCUGCUUUCUAAAGCAGCCACAUUGAAACAUUUGCAUCUGUGUGCAUGUGUUCUCCAACCAAGGUUUACCAGCCAAUUUAAUUCACUUAAGAGCCUUUACUUAGACCUGGUUCCCAUGAGUAAUGGAGAAUUACCGAGAAUAUUGUCUUCAUGUGUGAACCUUCAGACGUUGAGUGUUGCAUAUUGUAAACUUUCUCCUAAGUUAUGUAUCUCUGGCCAGUGUCUCCAGUUGAAGUGCCUUUAUGUUCAUUCAUGUCCUGGGCUACAGGAGAUAGUAAUAUGCGCUAAAAACCUCAAUACUUUUUCUUGCUUUGUGGAGGGUAUGAUGAAAUUUUCUCUCGAUGUUCCCAAUCUGGAAGAUGCACGUGUCCACGUUAGAGGCCCUAAUGCCAUGCCUUAUAUGUUUGGAGAAGUUUUCAAGGACUGUACUAAGUUAAAAUUUCUGUUAUUCCAAAUACGCACCAAUGAGAUACGAUAUGUGCCUACAAAGUUGGAUAUGUUCAGCAAUCUUAGGACAUUAUCAUUUGUGCCCAUUAUCGAAACUUUGGCUGAUGAACUAGAUAUUGCACCUAUUCUGGUGGCCUGCCCACUUUUGGAGAAACUUCGUCUGCAGUUCCUUUGUGAAGGUAUAAAUCAAAAAAGGGGAAGAAAUUGGCCUACAGAGCCUCUUGCUUGUCUAAAAGAGGUAGAUCUCGAUGGAUUUAAAGCGUCAUUGAAUGAAAUAGAUUUCGCUUGCUAUUUGGCACGAAAUGCUCCUGUACUCGAGCGACUCACAACUCGGCCAACCGGUAGAAUCUGUGUUGAAGAUUUUGCAGUAAUGACUUUACCCAGUGUUGGCUAUUUACGUUCGCUAGUCACUUAUCUGCAUGGAUUAGUAAUGCUGCAUGCCAUCUCCAAUAAACUGGAGGUGAAUGUUUUGGAACUUCCUCGAGUCUCCGACGAAGUGAGGCCGUGUUCUUGAAUAAGCAGAUAUGAAACUGGGAGUUUUUGCAGCGGAGGACUCAACAGUUACUGUAGAAGAGACAAUGAUUAGAUACGAAGCCGGGAGUUCUGGAAGGAGGGGGAAUCAACCAUUACCAUGGAAGACAAUUCGGGCAGCUGUUGCCUGGAGGGGUAUUUCCAGGGGUCAUUAUGUACUUUCCAAAUCUCUUCGAGUUUGCUAAUUACCAUAAUGUGUUGUACAGUUCAAUUGUGGAAUAAUUAAGAGAUCAAGUAGGAUGUAUCAUAUUAUAUUAAA